AUGGCCAGCAGGAAGGUGAUCACAGCACUGUCGAGCCGUGGGACGCUGGUGCUGGAGGCAGCACUGAGGAGUGCACUGCUGGCACUGGAGCGGGCGCUGUCCGAGCAGCAGCGGCAGCGAGGGGCCUGUGGACUAUGUGCCCCCUGCCUCUUCCCACCUUGCGCCAACAUCACUGGCCAUUGCCCACCGCCAGCUGUGCCCCCCAGCUGCCAGGCCCUGCUGGAUGCCCAGGCACUGCCCGAGCUGCCCCAGCGCAACUGGGCACUGAGCCAGGCCUGUGCCCCCUACCAGCACCUGUGCCCACCUGAGGGGGCCCCACACGCCUGUGCCCCGCUCAGCGCCCGGCUCUGCCAGCACCGCCUCCAGGAGUGCCAGACGGCAGCCGCAGACCCAGGUCCUGACGCAGCAGCAGAGGUGGCAACGCCAGGGAGCUGUGGGCGCCGCGGGGGUCCACAAGCCAACGCCACGGCCCCCCGCGGACGGAUCAUGGGCGGCAGCGUGGCCCCGCGGGGCGCCUGGCCCUGGCUGGUGUCGGUGCGGCUGCACGGGGAGCUGAUGUGCGGAGGGGUGCUGGUGGGGCGCUCCUGGGUCCUCACCGCAGCACACUGCUUUGGCGGGAACCGUAAUGAGCUGGCGUGGACAGUGGUGGUGGGCGACCACGAGCUGGGAAAGCCAAGUGUGGGCGAGAGGGCAGUGCCCAUCCGGCGCAUCCUGCCUCAUCCUAAGUUUAACCCCAAGACAUUUCACGGGGACCUGGCGUUGCUGGAGCUGGCAGUGCCGCUGGCCCCGUCACCCACCGUCAGCCCCGUGUGCCUUCCCAGUGGCCCCACAGAGCCCAGCCCUGGCACUCCCUGCUACAUCGCGGGCUGGGGCUCCCUCUAUGAAGAGGGACCAGUGGCCGAUGUGGUGAUGGAGGCGCAGGUGCCCCUGCUCAGCCAGGAGACGUGCCGGGGUGCCCUGGGCAAGGACCUGCUCACCAGUGCCAUGUUCUGUGCUGGGUACUUGUCUGGAGGCAUCGAUUCCUGUCAGGGCGACUCAGGGGGCCCACUGGCAUGCCAGGACCCCACUUCACACCACUUUGUCCUCUACGGUAUCACCUCGUGGGGUGAUGGCUGCGGUGAGCGGGGCAAACCGGGAGUCUACACCCGCGUCACUGCCUUCACGGACUGGCUCAGCCUCCAGAUGGACUCUGCCCCUGGCAGCCGAGAACCGAGCUGCUUCGACCUGCUGGCACUGGCCCAGCUGCCUCCAGAGCGGCAGAACCCUGAGCGCACCCGUCUCUGCACCUUCUAUGCCGGAUCCUGCCAGGCACCUCUGGGCCAUGCCACCUGUGCCCGCCUGGCUGAGGAGACCUGCCGUGCCAGGAUAAGACGAUGUGAGCUGCACUCCUACGCCCAGACCCUGGUGGAUCUCCUGCGCCAGGCUGGGGACUUCAUCCGAAACCAGUUUGAUUUCUCCUUCCUCAGCCGCACUCUGCCCCAGCUCCUGGGCAAGAUCUAUGGGCAUUUCUUCCCUCCUCGUGUCCGCAGGGAUAUCCCAGACCUGGCUGUGGCAGGGGGCCACUCAAGGCCCACAGCAGAGGGACCCCAGAAAGUCCCCACCAGGUGGGGGGCCAGGCGGCUGCCCCCCUUUGCAGACCUCUUUGGGGCAGUUGGACCCCAGUUGCAAGACUGGGUGGAGGCGCUGAGGGCCAUGGAGGGAAGCAGUCCCCCGGUGCCCACAAUGGACAGGGAACAGCUCCCUGGGGAGAUGCAGCUCUUUCUGCAGAGUGAGGAUGUGGUGGAGGAGAUGGUGGGACAGGGACAAGCCUUCCUCACCCAGCUGCGGGCAGAGUUGGACCUUGGCACUGCCCUGGAUACUAUGGAGCCACGACAGGCACCCGGAGAGCAGGCAGGGAUCCCCCUGCUGAGCCGUGAGCCCUGGUCCGCACUGAGGGAGAAACGUGAGCUGGUGUCCACAGAGCUGCCCAGGGUGGAGGAGGAGGAGGAGAAGGCAGGUGCCGGCAAAGGGGUCGCAGCCUGCCCUGGCCUCAACGAGUCGGCAGCACGGGUGGGUGCGGUGCGUGACCUGUACGCCUGGGUGCUGCGGGUGCCCGAGACUGACCUGGCCAUGACCUUCCAGGAGAUCCUGGUGGACCUGGACUCCAAAAACACCAAGGGACUGUACCGGGCGCAGGUGCGGGCCACUGUAGGGGGUCGCCCCACGGCCUUCACUGGCCUUGUGGGGCUGGAGAGUGACUCGCUGGCCCGCAGCAUGCCCGGCCUCGUCGCUCUGGCGCUGGAAGCGCUGAAAACCUAA